AUGUUAGCAAUUAAAUUAACUAUUUGUUUAUUAUUUCUAUACAACUGUGGACUCGUUCAUGGCAUGAAAAAAUGCAGCGAUUGUAUGGAGAUGCGCCUGUGUCCAGAUGUAAGAAAUUGGCCUCAAGAGGAAGUAAAAGAAAAACUGUUAGAGUCAUUAUGUGGGGUAAAAAAAACAGCUGACGGCAGAAAAUCGAUUAAGAUUUGCUGCUCCGAUUUUGCUGAGAAUCUAAUUUCGCGGCAGAAUGAAGCAGGGGAUACUGAAGUUGACAUUGAUAAUCACUCCAAUAUAGGUCUACUUCCGGAAAAUUGUGGCAAGCAGUUUGACGACCGCAUAAUUGGAGGAAUUGUUUCAGGCAUAUACGAAUUCCCUUGGAUGGCACUUAUCGCUCAUGUUAACAUAGACUCCAAUGGAAAAGAGAAACGACAAUUUAAGUGCGGGGGAUCAAUAAUCAGCUCUAGAUAUAUUUUGACCGCCGCACACUGUGUCUCGGAGAAGACGAUCGCGGGUGUACGUGUCGGUGAAUUUAACAUCCGUACACGUACAGAUUGUCAAGGAGAAUGGCCAAGUUAUAUUUGCGAAAACCACCUACAGGAUAUCCGUGUGGAAAAGACAAUAAUUCACGAGGCGUACAGCCGAAGCCCGAGAGUCAGAAAUGAUAUUGCAAUACUCCGAGUUAACAAAGAAAUCGACUUUUCGUUUAAAAAUGUCAAGCCGAUUUGUCUACCGGUGUGGAAAGAACUCCGUAACGUUAGUCUCAGCGGGAAACGAGCUACAGUCGCUGGGUGGGGUAUUACAGAAACAGAAAAUCCGUCUAAUAUUCUUCGAAAAGUAACUGUACCAAUUAUGGCAGAAGCCUAUUGUGCUGAAUUCUUUGAAAGAUACUCUGACCACAUUUUUAAGAAUUUUUGCGCUGGUGAACUCGGUAAAGAUUCCUGUAAGGGUGACUCUGGAGGUCCUCUUAUGUUGUUUGAAAAAUAUAAAGACAGCUACCGCAUGAUUCAGUACGGCAUUGUGUCCUACGGCCCGUUAUUGUGCGGGUCUGAUUCGCCAGGAGUGUAUACUGAUGUUGCUAAAUACAUGAAAUGGAUUUUAGAUAGUAUGAAAGAA